GGAUUUCGACCGACAACAAAAUCGGAAGACCUACUUAUUCAUUUUCAGCGUUCGAGAAACGGCGGCGGUGAUAUCGACGGCAUCGUUAUCAGUAAGCGAGGAGCUGCAGUAAUAACAUUUGACAGCCCGGAAGUUGCGAAAAGAGUUCUACAGAAGAAACAGGAGUUUAAAGGAGUGACUUUACUGGUGAAACCAUACGAGGAAAGCAUAAAGAAGGAUAAUCAUAGCUUUGAGCGUCUUCUGAAUAUUGAUUAAUAAAAUUAUCCUUACACCAGACAGACAUAACUGAGGAGCCGGUGGAUGUCAUCGUCAACGCAGCCAACGCUGCCCUUCAACACGCUGGUGGUACAGCAAAAAAAGCGUGGGAUAAUGGUGUCUUUACUAAUCUCAGUGCUCGCGAACACCAGACUUCACAGGAAGAUCGAUUCUCGGUAUUAAAGCAGCUUCUGAGCCAUGGGGUCGAAUUUUCCCUGUACAAGAACGAUAUAACUGAUGAGAAAGUGGAUGCCAUUGUAAUUGCAGCCAACGAGUGGCUUCAACACGGUGGUGGUGUGUCAGCUGCAAUAAUGCACAAAGGAGGUCGUCUGAUUGAAGAAGAGUCCAGGCGAAUUAUGUUGAACAGAAAUAAGCGACCGCUUAACGUAGGCGAUGCUGUAUAUACCAAGGGUGGCAAUCUGUCUUGUCGAUAUGUCAUACACACGGUUGGUCCGAGAUGGAAUUACCAUAACAGACAAAGGAGCAUCUCGCUUCUUCAACGAGCAUGCAUGGAAAGCCUCUACCUUGCAGCAGAGUUGAAGCUUUCGUCCAUUGCCCUUCCAGCAAUAAGCUCUGGUAUUUUCGGUAUACCAAAAACCAUUUGCGCCCAAGUGAUGUUCAAAGCAAUCGAGGAGUUUAGCUUACUUGCUGACGCUGAAUUCAGCACUCUCCGUGACGUGCGUAUUGUUAUCAUUGACGACGAAACAAUCAGUGUCUUCCGUGAAGAGUUUGUGAAACGCUACACGUCUCAAGAAACGUCAUCAACAACCUCGCCGCAACAGGAAUACCGUCCACAUCCGUUCAUUGCGGACCAAGGAGCUUCUUUCUCCUUAAACGUCACUGCCAAGCGUGCUUCUUUUUCUUCAGCUGACGAUUGGUCCGAAGUACAAUCCAAGAAGAGAGGUAAAGACAGUGGUAAUGACAAGUCACCAAAUAAAGGAGUUGGUUCAAACGUGGAGAGCGAUGAACCCCGUGAACAGAUGCUCGAUAGUAUCAAGAAAGUUUACCCUUCCAACAACAAAAAUGUUCCAAAUACAAACAGAGACGAUCCGCCCAAUUGCAAUAAAAAGUCAAGUUUGGAAACUAAAGUUCAUGGCUCCGACAAAGAAGUUCAUGGCUUCAACAAAGAAAAAUGCGUGAAAGGCUCUCCUUUGAAGAAACGUUGUGAGCUGUCAAACGUGGCUACUGUAGCUAGACCAUUGUCUGGAUGGGGAAGAGGCAUUUUAGCAAGGGACUUGUAUAGCAGACCAUACGAAGAAGAAGGAUCUAAGUCACGUGAAAGCAUCCAAUUAGCUAACACAGUUGGAACAAAGAGUGCAAACGCUGUAAGAGGCUGCUACUCUCGCUCAUCUGUUACAGAUCCAAGAAAUCCCAUCGUAAAUACUACAAAGCCUGUGAUCGAGAGGAAGACGGAAGAGGCUGGGUCUGUAAAUACAAGUGAAAUACCUACUGAAAAACAAGAUUCUAAACAAAUGAAAGAAGGCAGCGACGAAAAUAACAGCUGGCGUCAAGUACAGAGUGAUGUUGCGCAGAUGCGUCAAGCCCUUGAUGACGAAAAACGUGCUCGCAAUAUCAGAAAACAGGAACUAAGGCAGAAGGAAACAGUUCUUAUAAGUUCAUUAGAGGGUAAUUUACGUGCAGAGCAACAAGCAAGAACAAGAGUGCUAGAGGAAUUAAGUCGGGCGAGGAUUGCUAGUAACGAGCUGAAAGAAAGAAUGCAAACUGAACUAGCGCAGAUUCGUCAAGCGCUCGAAAACGAGAUACGUUUGCGCGACACAAGAGAGCGGCAACUAAGAGAAAAGGAAACGAUUGUAGACCAGCUACAGAACACGUUAAGCAAAGAGCAGCAGGUGAGAGCAAAGUUGGAAGAAAGAUUGCAAAUGGAAAUGCUGUCAAGUCAAGCUCGUCAACAAGAGCUUCAGAUUAAAGAGAAUGCUUCUCGAGAGCAACAGCGUCUUUUGGAAGAAAAACGCCAACAGAAGACAGCUUUGGAAGAAAGGCUAAGAGAAAAGGAAACGAUUGUAGAUCAACUGCAGAACACGUUAGGCGAAGAGCAGCAAGUGAGAUCAAAGUUGGAAGAAAGAUUGCAAACUGAAAUGCUGUCAAGUCGAGCUCAUCAACAAGAGCUGCAGACGAAAGAGAGCGCUAAUAGAGAACAACAGCGUCUUUUGGAAGAAGAGCGCCAACAGAAGACAGCUUUGGAAGAAAGGCUAAGAAACCUGGAACUACUGAUGCAAGAAGAAAGGAACAGAUACUUGUCCAACGAAAGAGAGUUGCAGUCAGCUGUGUCUGCGGCCCAAGAGGAACUGAGUGAAUACCAGCGUCACCAACCACGUGAUUGGAUUAUCCAACGCGAAGAAGUUCUUCAGAGUGCCAGUGUUUUGGGCAAAGGAGCCUGGGGCGAGGUACGUGAGGGCACAUUUCGUGGUUGCCAAGUUGCUGUUAAGGAAAUUCACGAGAUCAUUCUAUCAGCUCAUAAUCGUAGACUGUUCGAACGGGAAAUGAGCAUUGCGUCCUGUUGUCGCCAUCCGAAUCUCUUACAGUUUAUUGGCGCCACUAACGAUGAUGGCAGUCCUUUGUUUGUCACUGAAAUAUUAGACACUAGUUUAAGGGACUUGUUGUCCGAGCGAGUGUUAAAUCACGAGGAGAUUAUCAGCCUUGCCUCGGAUGUCGCCAAAGGAUUAAAUUACCUCCACCGUAAUAGGCCGCUUCCUAUAAUACAUCGAGAUAUCAGCAGCGCCAACGUGUUGCUAUGGAGACGAAAUGAGGGUUGGAGAGCCAAGCUGUCUGACUAUGGGUCGGCAAAUUUUAUGCGUGAAUGCAUGACAGAGAACCCAGGGGCAAGGAUCUAUUCUGCACCAGAGGUCCUCACUUCUCAACAGUCACCAAAGGUGGACGUGUACAGUUUUGGUUUACUGUUGUGUGAAAUGUGCGUCAGAGAACUUCCGGUUCCUCAAGAGGUCCAGUGUCAGAUCGGCCAGGUAACUUAUGGUGCCCUGCGGGGGCUCAUUGAGCAGUGCGUGAAGAAGGACCCUGAGGAACGCCCUAGCAUGAGUGACAUAAUAUAUGAGCUGCAACAACUUACACAAGCCGAAAGUAUUUGAUCCCUAAAAUACCCAAAAUAUUUUGAUCCAAACCAACCGUACGGACCUUUGAUGAAAUCAUGUAUUUACCCCAUAGGAAUCCUAAUGGAAGCAUUUAGAAACAAGGUACAUUAAUUGUAACUUGUAGGAUACAAACUUCAAAGGAAUCCAUGAAACCUUCAUAUAAACAAAAGGAGAGAACUUUCUAUGAACCUUGUGGAACUGAAGACCGAUACGUUAAUCCCGAAGGAAUCGUUUAAGAAACCCUGUACGAAACUUGUAAGAUUACGGUGGAGGCCGUGUAGAAACAUUGUAGAUUUGUACUGUGGGAACCUUGCAUGAAGUUUGUACGAACUCAGUAAGAACCAGUGGAAUACUAUUGAGAGCAUUUGGGUACCUUGUAGGAACAUGGCAGGAACCUUGAAAGAACCUCAAAGAGUCUUCUGUGCAUGUAGGAACCAUUUACAUACUGUUUAGGAACUUAGUGGAAACCAGUGGGAACUUAUAUAGAAACCGUGUAGAAACGUAACCGGAAAGCAAGAACCCUCUGGGUUCAAUAUAGGCGACAUAAGUAGUUGAAACGUUAUAUUCGAGAAGUAAUUUCCAUGUAUUAUGUUUGUGAGCUGUAAAAUUCAAAACACUGUACCACAAUACCCCACCCCAACCAAUGUUGUAGGAUUCCAGCGACAAGAUCAAAACGAAACGCGUCAUGUUGGGGAGGGAAUGGGGAGGGGCGAAAAUAUAUAGAAUGCCGGAUGAAAUACCACGAAAUGGUAACGUUUCAACAUUGUUCUACCCUGUUGAAGAAGGAAUCUUAAAGGAGUCCGUAGGUACGUGUCAGAAUACAAUGAAUCCAAUUGUUAGAAUUUAAUGUUGUCAAGGUUCUGAUUUACGCAAUUCAGACUAGAAGCCUAUGCUUUUGGCUUACAUACAUGCUUUAUGUAUGUAUGGCUUGGUUUAUGUUGUAUGUCCACCAUUCUUUUUGUGGGAAACUUGUUCCCAGGAUUAGCUAUGCCGUCCUGACGAGGCGUAACAAAGCCAAAACAGAGGGCUGUUUAUAUUGAGGAUGGGGGGUAUUUAAGGGUUGAAGCUCUCUGUUAUAAUCAUUGUCGCCUUGGUGCGCAUUCUGUAUAAGACUAUAACUUUGUUUAAGGCCUUCACGCAACAAAACCACCAUGUUGAUCAUAACUUUGGUAAAACUGGGAUGAAGACUGAUUCUACUAAAACUAAGAAGGCUAUGUUAUUCUUUCUUUAAUGUUUUACCAAUUUGAGGCGCAGAAAAUACCUGUGUUAUGUACGAUUUUAUUUGCUAUAAUUAUUGGUUCUAUUUCUUGUCAAUUAGAAUUAUGAGUUAAGCCUUUAUACUCGUGGCAGGGUGCUGUUAGACAGCGAAUGUGAGACCAAUUUACUUAACUUGUGCUGAACGUUUGAUACGUUUCUUGUAUAAUCAUAUUGUGUAAAGAAAAUCGAAUGAAGGCUAGAGAAAUUCGAUUCUAUGAAAGCCAGUUGACAGUAGAACCCCGUUAAUACGGUCAUCGACGGGCCAGGAACAUUUGGCCGUAUUAAUUAUAAAGGGUAAAAUUAUAAAGGAUUACCGUGUACAGGCUGGGAUUUCAAAAUGUGGCCGUUGGCCGUAUUAUCGGGGAUUUUCUAUGAGAAACUCUAUGGGCGUUUCGCCGGGACAAAAAAGACUUGCCGAAAUAACGACGUGACGGUAUUAGCGGGGUGACCGUAAGGCGGGGUUCCCCUGUAUUUAUAUUAAUUCCUAUAUACGAUUUAGCAUUAUCACAAUGAGCAAUAACUAAUAGUUUCAUUUUUUUUCCAGUUACGAUUACGACUGAUUCUUCCGUAUACUAUAUAUUGCGACUUGGUAUUUAAUCAGGGGUACAGCAACAAGGGUCUUCUCUCAAACGCCUUAAAAUGCACUCAUUUACGCUAUUAAGCAGCGCUAUAAAAUUGCUACCUGUUCGAUCGGUCAUUCUGUAGGGAACUCGAUUAUUUUUAGGGUUUUCUUUUUGGUCCAUUUCCUGAAAAUCCACGUACCUUUCCAAAAAUCAGUUGAUCGCUUUUGUGGUACCAAAAACGAAAUUUUUAUCAAUCGGGAAACAACAGGCAUUGAAUUUCUCAUACCACGAAAGUAGGAGGCGACAAUUCUCUACGGUAUUCGGAGAGGAUUAAAAUCCUUCUGAACAAAUAAUUUACCGAAACGAUCCGAGGGUGCCUCUAAUUAAAUAUUCGUUGUUCAUUUUAAAUUCCAGUUUAGUUUUGUCGUAUUAUCUUUUUCUAGUUAAAAUGAUAACUGAUUUUGCGCCGUUUGUGUAAUAUCCUGAAAAGAUACAGUAAAGGUUUCCUAUCUUAUCGUUACUUAUGACGGGGUUCUUACUGAUAGACCACGGAUAUGAUAAAUUAUAACCCACCGAUUAAUUCUCGCGCGAUUUAAUUGGUAUUUUACGUCACGUGAUGCAAAAUUACAGAACGGGUAUUUAGCUCUUAUUAACCGAACAGGAGGUCUGUAUGGGAGAAUCUUGACCG